UGGCUGUCCCGGCAGCUGGAGGGGUCGCGCCACGCCUGUUGAAAUUGCACCUCGGUCCAAGGCCACCGCCGCCACUGCAGCCAUGUCGGGCCGCUCGGUGCCACAUGCCCACCCUGCCACCGCCGAGUAUGAAUUUGCCAACCCCAGCCGUCUGGCUGAGCAGCGCUUCGGAGAAGGUCUCCUGCCAGAAGAGAUCCUGACCCCCACCCUCUACCAUGGCUACUACGUUCGGCCUCGGGCCACCCAAGCUGGGGAGGGCAGCAGGGCAGGGGCCUCUGAGCUUAGGCUCAGUGAGGGCAAGUUCCAGGCAUUUCUGGAUGUGAGCCACUUUACCCCAGAUGAGGUGACCGUAAGGACUGUGGACAACUUGCUGGAGGUGUCUGCCCGGCACCCUCAGCGCCUGGACCGCCAUGGCUUUGUAUCCCGAGAGUUCUGCCGUACCUAUGUCCUGCCUGCUGAUGUCGACCCCUGGCGGGUCCGUGCUGCUCUGUCCCAUGAUGGCAUCCUUAACCUGGAGGCGCCUCGGGGUGGCCGACAUUUGGACACAGAGGUCAAUGAGGUAUACAUCUCUCUGCUCCCAGCGCCUCCUGACCCAGAAGAAGAGGAGGAGGCAGCCAGAGAUGAGCCCUGACUGCAUAGAUGGAGCACCCAGUGAAUCCCUUUCUACCUUCCUGCUUGAAGCAAGCAGCUGCCCACCACCCCAGAGGUAGCAGCACCCUUGUGGCGGAAAGGGAAAGCCACAUGGUCCACAAUGUAUGUUUUGGUCCCUGGGGACAUGUCAUAGCUUUUGGUUUAGUUCUGGGUGGAGCUGAAUAAACCCAAAUCUGAGGG